CUCGCUUUCUCGCCUUAUUUUUCCUCCAUACGAAUCCGAAAUCAACACCGCAAGGAGGAGGAACAAAGCAGAGACAAAUCCGCUUCCUGCAGAAUCGAGGGAAAGGGUGAUUUAUCAGCGCAAGAUGUUCGAUUGCAGUUACAAAGCACAGUACAUGGAGGGCCAGAAGGAGAAAUUUGUAAGGCUGGAGGAGUCAAGUCCGAGAUUAUCCUUUGCUUCUGAUGCAGGAAGAAUGAACAAAUGUGGGUUUCACGUCCAGGGGGCCGCCCGGAAAUCCAAUAACCCCUCGAAAUCUUUCAGGAAAGGGAUGAAGAAGGGGUCGGAAGGGCUUAUUUCGCUCGGCCGAUCCCUUCGGUCUGGCGUUUCUAGGGCAGUUUUCUCCGAAGAACUCAAGGCGACCGAGAAGAAGAUCUUUGAUCCUCAGGAUGUGCUCCUUCUUCGAAUGAACAGGCUGUUCGUAGCAUCAUGCAUUCUUUCCAUAGCUGUGGAUCCCUUGUUCUUCUAUCUCCCUGUCAUCGACCAAGAUUCCAAUUGCGUUGGCAUCGACCGCAAGUUAGCGGCCACGUCGACCACAUUGCGGACGCUGAUCGACGCCUUCUACCUCAUUCGAAUGGCUCUUCAGUUCCGCACUGCGUACAUCGCUCCGUCGUCCCGGGUUUUUGGUAGAGGCGAGCUUGUGAUUGACCCUACGCAGAUAGCAAUUCGGUAUCUGAGACGAUACUUCAUCAUCGAUUUCCUUGCGGUGUUACCUCUCCCUCAGUUUGUAGUUUGGAGUUUCCUUCACAGAUCAACAGAUUCUGAUGUGCUGGAUACCAAGAAUUCAUUGCUUUUCAUUGUCAUGCUUCAGUAUAUACCAAGAUUGGUUAGAACUUUUCCUUUGACAGCAGAGUUGAGAAGGACUGCUGGCAUCUUUGCCGAAACUGCUUGGGCUGGUGCAGCCUAUUAUUUGCUAUGGUAUAUGCUUGCUAGUCAUAUAGUAGGUGCUUUCUGGUACUUAUUAUCAGUCGAUCGCGAUGAUGAUUGCUGGCAAUUAGCUUGCAAGAAUUUUGACGGAUGCAAUGUGAAGUAUUUAUAUUGUGGUAAUGCACAUCUAGAUGGCUAUGAUAUCUGGCAAAAUGUCAGUGCAGGAGUUCUUGAGCAGUACUGUUCAGUAGCUGAUGACAAUACAGAAUUCAACUUUGGAAUUUAUACACAGGCCUUGACUUCUGGAAUCAUUGCAUCAAACAAGUUCUUCUCCAAACUUUGCUAUUGUUUGUGGUGGGGUCUGCAGAACCUCAGUACCCUUGGCCAAGGUCUGGUGACAAGUACUUACCCCGGAGAAGUCAUCUUCUCCAUAGCCCUCGCUAUAUUUGGACUCAUUCUCAUGGCCCUCCUCAUCGGCAACAUGCAGACUUAUCUUCAGUCUCUGACGAUACGGCUGGAGGAGAUGAGAGUGAAGAGGCGGGACUCCGAGCAGUGGAUGCACCACCGCCUGCUGCCGCAAGAUCUCCGGGAGCGCGUCCGCCGGUACGACCAGUACAAGUGGCUGGAGACGCGGGGGGUGGACGAGGAAAGCUUGGUGCAGACCCUCCCCAAGGACCUCAGGCGAGACAUCAAGCGCCACCUUUGUCUCGGCUUGGUCAGAAGGGUGCCUCUGUUCGCGAACAUGGACGAGCGAUUGCUCGACGCCAUAUGCGAAAGACUCAAGCCCAGUCUGUACACCGAGAACACCUACAUCGUAAGAGAAGGAGAUCCUGUCGACGAGAUGCUCUUCAUCAUACGAGGCCGCCUGGAGAGCAUCACCACCGAUGGCGGGAGAAGUGGCUUCUUCAACAGGAGCAUACUCAAGGAGGGAGACUUCUGCGGCGAGGAACUGCUGACUUGGGCCCUGGAUCCCAAGUCCGGCGCCAAUCUUCCCUCUUCCACUCGGACCGUGAAGGCUCUGACGGAGGUGGAAGCCUUCGCGCUGUUCGCCGACGAGCUAAAGUUCGUGGCCAGCCAGUUCCGGCGGCUCCACAGCCGGCAGGUCCAGCACACGUUUCGGUUCUACUCGCAGCAGUGGCGUACGUGGGCGGCCUGCUUCAUCCAGGCCGCGUGGCGGCGCUACUCCAAGCGUAAGGCGGCGGAGCUGAGGCGCAGGGAGGAGAUGGCGGACCUGGACGACAACGGCGGCUGGUCCUCCAGUCUCGGGGCGACCAUAUACGCCUCGCGCUUCGCGGCCAACGCGCUUCGCGGGCUUCACCGGCAGCGAAGCAAGAGCGUGAGAGAGCUGGUGGCGCUGCAGAAGCCUCCUGAGCCUGACUUCGCCGUGGACGAUGGGUGAGCGACGGUGCAACG